AUGGGGCCAUGGCCCUGCUCCGGGCCUGCGGAGCCCCCAGGCGGCAGCGGCCGGGCCCGUGCCCGGCACGUCAUCAUCAAUGUUGGUGGCUGCAGGGUGCGCCUGGCCUGGGCCGCGUUGGCCCGCUGUCCCCUUGCGCGCCUCGAGCGCCUGCGCACCUGCCGCGGCCACGAGGAGCUGCUGCGCGUAUGUGACGACUACGACGUGAACCGCGACGAGUUCUUCUUCGACCGCAGCCCGUGCGCUUUCCGUGCCAUCGUGGCACUGCUGCGCGCCGACAAGCUGCGGCUGCUGCGCGGCCCGUGCGCCCUGGCCUUCCGCGAUGAGCUGGCCUACUGGGGCAUCGACGAAGCGCGGCUGGAGCGCUGCUGCCUGCGCCGCCUGCGCCGCCGGGAGGAGGAGGCUGCCGAGGCGCGCACUGGGUCGCGACCCGCGGAGCGCACUGCACCCGGAAGUCCCAGCUGCACCCUGGGGUCCCGCGGGCGGCUGGCGCGCGGCCGGCGGCGCCUGCGCGACAUGGUGGACAACCCGCACUCCGGGCUGGCCGGCAAGCUCUUCGCCUUUGUGUCCGUGGCCUUCGUGGCUGUCACAGCAGUCGGCCUCUGCCUGAGCACCAUGCCAGACAUCCGCGCGGAGGAGGAGCGGGGUGAGUGCUCCCGCAAGUGCCGCAACCUCUUCGUGCUGGAGACGGUGUGCGUGGCCUGGUUCUCCUUCGAGUUCCUGCUGCGCUCACUGCAGGCCGAGAGCAAGUGUGCCUUCCUGCGGACGCCGCUCAACAUCAUCGACAUCCUGGCCAUCCUACCCUUCUACGUGUCACUGCUGGUGGGCCUGGCAGCAGGCGGCGCGGCGCGGACAGGCACGGGCGCGGGUGGCAACAAGCUACUGGAGCGGGCGGGGCUGGUGCUGCGGCUGCUGCGUGCGCUGCGCGUGCUCUACGUAAUGCGCCUGGCGCGCCACUCCCUUGGGCUGCGCUCCCUGGGCCUGACAGUUCGUCGCUGUGCGCGUGAGUUUGGGCUGCUGCUCCUCUUCCUCUGCGUGGCCAUGGCCCUAUUCGCGCCGCUCGUGCACCUGGCUGAGCGCGAGCUGGGCGCGGGCCGCGACUUCUCCAGCGUGCCGGCCAGCUACUGGUGGGCCGUCAUCUCCAUGACCACCGUGGGCUACGGGGACAUGGUGCCGCGCAGCGUGCCCGGGCAGGUGGUGGCGCUGAGCAGCAUCCUCAGCGGCAUCCUGCUCAUGGCCUUCCCCGUCACCUCCAUCUUCCACACCUUCUCGCGCUCUUACUCCGAACUCAAGGAGCAGCAGCAGCGGGCCGCCAGCCCUGAGCCAUCCCUGCGCGAGGACAGCACGCGCUCUGCUUGCGCCACCGAGGACAGUUCACAGGGUCCCGAUGGCACCUGCGAGGCCGGGGACUCAGCGGACAGCGAGUGGGCACGCUCAGGGCCGGCCUGAACCAGGUGGGGACCCUUCCUAACCCAGAGGUGGCCGUGGCUGGCAGUCAGUGGCCAUCACCGGAGGCUGCUCCUCUCCAGCUAGAAACAGAACCGCGGUCCUUGCCUCCCACCACGCAGAGGGACAGGGACUGCCCUUGGGUGCAGCAGCUCCUAGCGCCCAAGGGGCCGGCCUCUAGUUGGCCAUGUCCAGCCCAUGUGCAUGCUGUGAGGAGCAGGGCGGCAGAACUAGGGUUAGGCUGGUGCCUUCCUGGAGGUGGUGUCGAAAGCUGUCCUGAGCUUUGAGCAGGUUCUGGAGACGGCACCCAGCCUGCCCUUCCUCAUCUCCCUUGGAAGCUCUGGCUCCUUGGCGGAUAAGUCCCAGGACGUCCCAGCCUGUAGAGACACCAGAAGGCCACACUGCCCCAGGCCGUGGCCUGGCUCUUCCCUGCUCUUCGGCCUGGAGGUUGUUGGAGCAGAGGGGG